AUGCCAUACUUGCAUUGGGAUGAAGAAGAGGCAUAUAUCGAAAGGAAUACUGUCAUUGAAAACCGCGAUAGACGCAUAAAUGCUACCUGGACUAACGAACAAAAACUACUACAUCAAUAUGUCUACGCUGAAGGAAGUCAUCCUCUUCACUUAAUGCACACUAGAAGAACCUUGGAUCAAUUCUACUACCACUCGCUAAAAAGUACGAAGAAAAGAGACCGAGACCAAGCCGUCUCUCGAUAUCAAGCCGCCAAUUUUCCAACCGAUCCGAAAAUUAUGGCGGUGACAGACCAACUAUGGCUUUGGGUUCUUGUAGGUCCUUCAAAGAGAGCCCAGGCAGUCAUUUCAUGCUUCCCGAGCAGGCAGACUUUGGAGCCUCGCACCAAUAGAUCUCUAGAUCCCAAUGGGAAGACCGACAUCUUGCAUAAAAUCAAACUUUAUCUUCUGCAAGAGCCUCGAGCUGUGAAGAAUCCUUAUGACCUGGUCGGAGUGAUUACCAGCAAGUGCUCUGGAGCAUUCUUAGACUCCUCCAAUCCCCCUAGAGGCUUACAGUUUGCGGAGGUAUAUGAGAGCUCUAUUAGUAACAUUAUGAAUGAAGAGGCCGAGCUCUUUGAUGAUUUCAACACCGCAUUAGACUUGCGCUCCACGGAUACGGCCGUGACUCAAGAAAUGUUAGAAACGCUGAGAGAGUUGCAGUCCCAUACUUGGUUUAGCCAGAAUCGUACUCUUGAGCUCAGAGAGACGCUAAGAAAGUACUAUGAUUUCACAGAAGCUCAGGAAAUUGCCAUGGAUAAGGUUAUUAAUACCAUGAUCAAAGAUCCAGGGCCAGAAUUCGCCGUCAAAGCCACCAGGUUCCUACAGAAGCUCAUUUUACCCAGCAUUCUUGAUAUUACUCGAGAAAUAGGACUGUUACGCCAAAUCAAAGACAUCCAGGAUGAACUCAACAUUAUGUCUAUGGUGUUCGAGAAUCAGAGACUCGUACUAGAGAAAAUGGAGAGAAUAGGUCGCUCAAUGCAAUCAUCGACUUUGGAGCCAGCGCCCAGAACUGCCAACGACUUGGCAUCGACCGACCCCAAUGAACAAAUUCAUGAGAAUAAAAACCUUGAAAAGGAUUCGGAUUCGGAUCUCUAUGAUGCACCGGAUUGCACGGAUGAUCGAUUAAGUCUCAAUCUGGAGAAGUCAGAGACCGGAACGCACAAAGGCCACAUUCACAUUCAAAGACCCAAUUCACAGGGCAAUAUAAACCUUAUGAGCAACAACGAUAUACCUGCCACCCAAUCAGCCGAUAGGGACAUCUAUAAUGGCGACAUCUGGGGGGCCAGCCAUAGUCCACCAAAUUCCAGUUUUCCGUUACGCGUGGUCCUGCAAUGCGCUGAAGACGUAGAGAUGAUGAUUCAACGCACGGAGAGGACUUACAAAGCUCUAAAUUUCCUUGUUGACUUGAAGCAGAAGCAGAGUAAUGUGAUAGACGCCCGAGCAACUCGCAUUCAAGCACAAGCCUCCUUCAAAAUGGCAGUAGAGUCUGAGAAACAGGGUAAGACUCUGAUGCUAUUCACGGUUGCCACUAUUGUUUUUCUGCCGUUGUCUUUUAUGGCUGCAUUCUUUGCUAUCAAUAUCACCGAGUUCGAGCGCGAUGCGGGUGGAACUCUAGGGCUGGGCUAUGUCUCAGCGACAAUGUUCCCGGUUUCCUUCACGAUCUCCGCUAUUUUCAUUACUAUUGCGUUUAAAGCGCAUAGCUUCAAGGGAAUCCUGAAAUGGCCAAUGAAAUAG